AUGUCGGCGGUGCGUCCGAAACGCCAACGAUCGCACAGGUCGACGGCACCCGGGUCAAGACGCAGUUCGUCCUCCCGUGUACCCGUGGGCACUGUGAAGGCGGUCAACACGGAGGUACCGCCCUCCGCGACGUCGGGCGACGGCGAAGGCUCAGCUUGCGUCUCGGUGGACCGCUGCUGCAACGCUGCCGCCGAAGGUGACUGGACCACCUACCUCUCCAACGCAAAGCGAGUGCUGCGUGCGACCCUGGAUCGUGGCACGCGUGUCCUCGAUGGACACGCUCGCUCCACCGGUGACGCAUGGCUCGUACUUCGCGCUUUCGUGGAGCGUGCUCACUUUGCGAAUGCGAGUCAGCGCUUUCAAGAAGUGUACGCGGCGCUAGAGCGCUGUAUGCAAGACGCUGCGUUUCUCGGUAUGCUUCUGUCCAUCCUGCAGGCGGACAUCGAUCGAGACCUCACUGGAACUGUUGCGCAGAGCAUCACACGCCUCGCUUUCGCCGAGAAUGGCCGUGAACGUCUGGAAGCGGCCGGUUUCCUGGGAGCGUUAUGGGAGGCCCGCUCACGAUACCUGGCCAGGUGCGAUUGGUGCGUCGUUGCCCAUUUAAGUGAGGCGCUUGCUAUUCUGGUCCAGUGUGAUGCGAACGUGCAACGGCUGUUGUCAAGUGAACCCAACCCGACGAUUCACAUCGACGCCUUGCGUGCUGAAGUUCAAGACUCGACAGAUGCCAGUGGGCCAGCGUUCGCACUGGAGGCCAUCGUCGGCCUUGUUGCGUCACCUUCGUUUUCAGUGACCGGUGCUAUGGCAAAGUCCCUGAGCAAACUGGUGAUACAGGUGACGCAAACGGCAUUAUCUGCUAUGCGGACGCGCCCUCCUGCAGAGCAUGGGUUUCUUAUAGACCGCGUUGUCGUGGCGAGCACACUUGCACAACGACUGGCUCGAUCGAAUCCGCAGGAUGUUUUGAGCGAACUUUAUGAGCAAUGGCUGCCCUUGAUUGAGCAGACGAUGACCGUGCAGGAGUUGGAUGGUGCAAUGCGAUGGCGCCUCAUGUCGAACGCGGCGGAUAUCGAAUGGGUGCAGCGCCUUGGAUGCAGCGAGAAGAGCGGCGAUCGCACUGAAAAGGGCGAUCUGCCGCUGUCAUUGCAUCCAAGCGACCGCACAAGCAAACAGGCAGAUGCCGGUACCAGCAUCGCCGGUAAAACGAGACUGAAUCGGGCUGGGGCUUCAUCAACUCAACGGGGACGAGGCCAACGAACGGGUCGCGGAGCUGGGCGUGCUCGCAGUGCGGGCGUCGAGGUUGCUUCGUAG